AGAAAACAGAAGAAGAAAGACGUUAAAAGAUUUGAAGGAAGGAAGGAAGAAGAAGAAAAACAGUCAAACUUGUUAUUUUUACUGGAUUCAACUGAUCAUUUUAUUCCAGUUUUUUCCUGCAGCCGGCCUCGUUCUUCAGUUCGGCCGACAUGCUGUCCAUCCCAGAUCUGAUCAAGAAGAAGAGAGAUGGAGGAGCGCUGAGUGACGAAGAGAUCCACACUUUCAUCCAGAACGUGACAAACAAAACCAUCCAGGAAUGCCAGAUAGGGGCCAUGCUGAUGGCUAUCUGGCAGAAGGGAAUGGUCGAGACGGAGAUUGAGACCCUCACCAGGGAGAUGAUGUCAUCGGGGGAAGUGAUGUCAUGGCCAAAGGAGUGGGCGGGGCAGAUGGUUGACAAACACUCAACGGGAGGGGUGGGAGAUAAAGUCAGUCUGGUGUUAGCGCCGGCGCUAGCUGCCUGUGGCUGUAAGGUGCCUAUGAUCAGUGGGCGGGCCUUGGCUCAUACAGGAGGAACUCUGGAUAAACUGGAGUCGAUUCCAGGAUUCAACAUCCACCAAUCAGCAGCACAGAUUCUGGAGAUCCUGCGCUCAGUGGGCUGUUGCAUUGUGGGUCAGACGGAGAUGUUGGUUCCUGCAGAUCGAGUCCUGUACGCUCUGCGGGACGCCACCAGCACCGUGGACAGCUUACCACUGAUUACUGGCUCUAUUAUCUCAAAGAAAGGUGCCGAGUCUCUGUCUGCUCUGGUGCUGGAUGUAAAGUUUGGACGAGCUGCUCUGUAUAAAGACCUGGAGAGUGCUAAAGAACUAGCACAGUCAUUAGUGACUGUAGGAAACGGCCUGGGCAUGCGUACGGGGGCGGUGCUCAGCUCUAUGGACGGUACGAUUGGUCGAUGUGUCGGCAACAGUCUGGAGGUGAUCGAGUCUCUGGAGACGCUGAAGGGGAGGGGACCCGAAGACCUGAUGGAGCUGGUCACAACUCUGGGGGGCGUUUUGCUGCACAUGACUGGCUUGGUGCCCGACCUAUCAGAAGGCAAGAGGCAGAUUUCUGAGGCUGUGAUUGGUGGAGCUGCUCUGUCCAGGUUCCGGGCCAUGAUGGAGGCUCAGGGCGUGGCCAAUGAGACGGCUCGGUCGCUGUGCUCCGCCCACACAGAUUACUACAGCAUCCUGAGAAAAUCUGAACAUCAGAUGGAAGUGAAGGCCCCUGCAGAUGGUGUAGUUGUGGAUGUGGAUGGUUUGGUUUUAGCCGAAGUGCUCCAUCAGUUGGGGGCGGGGCGAUCGAAGGCCGGAGACCCUGUCAAUCACAGUGUAGGGGCGGAGCUGCUGGUGUCGUUGGGUCAGAGGGUCAAGAAAGGCGUCUCCUGGCUGCAGCUCCAUUACGAGGAUCCGGCUCCGACUCCAGACCAGAUCGAUCGACUGCAGAACGCUCUGACUCUGAGAACACACGAAGACACACAAACACAGCAAACACAGACUUUAGUGAAAGAACUGCUGCUACCUCAGUAACGCACGUUUUAAUACUUUUAUUUAUUAACACAAACAAUAACAAACCCCUGCAGAUUAGUGGACACCUUCAUGUAAGCCCCGCCCCCCCUUAGUUACUGUUGCUAACCUGUGUCGUUUAGUCAUAAUGCUGCCAAAAUACUUAUAAUAAUAUAUAACAUAAUAAUAUAUAUAUAAUUAAUAUAUGCUGUGAUUUAAAACAGAUGUAGACAAAAAAAAAGUACGAAAGUAUCAGCAUUAAAAUAUACUUAAAGUACUCAUUAUGAAGAACGGCCAUUUCAGAAUAAUAUAUAUUAUAAUAAUAAUAUAUAUAAUAUAUUAUAUUAUUGGAUUAUAAUUAUUGAGGCAUUAAUGUUGCAGCUGGUGAAGGUGGAGAUAAUUUUAAUGACUUUAUAUACUGCUGGAUUUACCCCCGGGGAUCAAUAAAGGUUCAUCUUAAUCUAUAAUAAUGGUUUAUUUGUUGAUUAUACUUUGAAUUAUUAAUCUGCAAAGUAACUAGUAAUUAAAGUUAUCAAAUAAAUGUAGUGCAGUAAAAAGUACAAUAUUUGCCUCUGAGACGCAGCGGAGUAGAAGUAUGAUGUAGCAGAAAAUGGAAAUACUCGAGUAAAGUAUAAGUACUUAUGUACAGUACUUGAGUAAACAUACUCCAACACAGUUUCUGCUGAAACAAAAAACUGUCGCUAACAGAUUUUUAGCUGUAGCUAGCUAGCUAGCUAACCUUAGAUUCAUGAGUUGGUUGAAAACGUGGAAAUAAAGAAACAGCAUCACUGUUGUGUUGCAGUGUAGCUAGCUAGCCUUAGUAUUACAGCACAGACACUGACAGAAAAAUACACAAGUUACUGGGGACAAGCAACACAAAAAUUAGAUUUAUGCUUUAUUGUUCGCAUCAUUUACUGUAUGUUUCACUUUUACAAGAGAAAAGGAUUGAAGGAUGACGAUUAACUGAUUAGUUUGGCAAAGUUAUCUCAGAUAAACUUCUGCGAAUCCAGUAAAGAGCAGGACGGACUGACUUCCUGUGUCAGAAGGGUUCAUCCUCUGGGGAGCAGGGAUGUGCUCGGUAAAAGAUAACAUGUUGUAUAUUUACUCUUUAUAUAUGUACUCAGAUCCUUUUACUUAAGUAAAAGUAUGUUAGCAAAACGCUGUCAGUGUUUUAUUAUAUCUGAUGUUUCUGGAUUCAUAUUCCUGCUGCAGAUGUUUCAGGUUGAGCUCAUUUUAACUGCUUUAUAUACUGUUGGGUAGUUUAACCUGCAGCAAUGCAUCAUGGUCUAUAAGAUCAUCACGUGUUUGCAGCGUCGCUGUCCUGUGAGAACCACGUAUCUCUAAAAAGUCUCCCUGAGCUCAGAGAAACAGCCUGUUUUCAGCUCUGUGACGAUGCGUUUCCCAGCUGAUCCGAGGGGGGGUUAAAGAGUUUAUUCAGCUUCAGGAGGAGGAGAGUUUCCUCAGCACAUGAAGGAAACUCUUCAUCCUUCAGCUCGUCACUAACACCUGGAGAUACGAGGUUUUCACUGGACAGGAAGUAACUAGUGACUAAAGCCGUCAGAUAAAUGUAGGGAAGUAAAAAGUCCAAUAUUUCCUCUGAGAUGAGGCGGAGCGGAAGUAGAAAGUAGCAUAAAAUAUUCAAGUACCUCAGUAUUUGUACGUCAGUACAGGACUUGAGUAAAUGUACUGACGGAGUGUAAUCUGCCUGUAAAAAUAACAACAUAUGAAUAAAUUGCUUCUAAUUACUGCCGCCUCAUUAACAAACUUACUGUUGAGACGAAUAAAAAGAUCUGAUUAAAGCUGUUUCGUUUUCCUGAGUUUGUGGGCGGCCCUGAACACAACGUGCCUGUUGGUAAAUUAAUGUUUAUUUCAUUUAGUUAGCUGAAGCAGGAUUAAGUGUUACUGUACACACAGACAGUAACUGCUGAGAUUAUAGAUUCAAGUUUAACACAAUUAAAUGACUUUCUCAAACAAUUUAA